AUGGCCGAUGUUAUGUGUCGAGACCAGGAAUUAAAGCUUCCUUGCAACCAAUCAAGGCAGCAUCUUACCGCCUCUCUUCAGCAAGUCUCUUGGCUUUCCGAAGAGCAGAAGGCCCCAAUCAAGCCAGUGAGUAUUUCCUCAGAGCGACAAGCACCGAGACAUCCCGUAGCAUCUGGGCUGCAUCUGAAUCAUGACAGUGUCGGUUAG